AUGGCUGUCACGCUGCGAAUCCGGUUGUUGGUUCUUAGCCUCGUCUUUCGGGGCCUGUCAGCGGCGUUUGGCACAAUAUGUUUCCUUCUGUUUGCUGUUCUCUACGUCGUUUCCUACUUCAUCAUCACAAGAUACAAGAGGAAAUCAGAUGAACAAGAAGAUGAAGAUGCCAUAGUCAACAGGAUUUCGCUGUCCCUGAGCACGUUCACGCUGGCGGUGUCGGCGGGGGCGGUUCUGCUGCUGCCUUUCUCCAUCAUCAGCAACGAGGUCCUGCUCUCUUUCCCGCAGAACUACUACAUCCAGUGGCUGAACGGCUCUCUGAUUCACGGUCUGUGGAACCUCGCUUCUCUCUUCUCCAACCUUUGCCUGUUUGUGUUGAUGCCCUUUGCCUUUUUCUUCCUGGAGUCCGAAGGUUUCGCUGGCCUGAAGAAGGGACUCCGAGCCCGCGUGUUGGAAACCCUGGUCAUGCUCAUCCUUGUGGCUCUGCUGAUCCUGGGCAUCGUGUGGGUGGCCUCGGCGCUCGUGGACAAUGACCCGGCCAGUGCUGAGUCCUUGUACGACCUCUGGGAGUUCUACCUACCCUAUUUAUAUUCCUGUAUAUCACUGAUGGGCUGUCUGUUGCUUCUCUUGUGCACCCCAGUCGGCCUUUCCCGCAUGUUCACCGUCACGGGCCAGCUGCUGGUGAAGCCUGCGAUUCUUGAAGACCUGGAUGAACAAAUUUAUAUUAUCACUUUGGAGGAAGAAGCACUCCAGAGACGGCUAAUGGGACUGUCUUCAUCAGUGGAAUACAGUACAAUGGAGUUGGAACAAGAACUUGAAAACGUAAAGACUCUGAAGACAAAAUUAGAGAGGCGGAAAAAGGCGUCGGCGUGGGAAAGAAACUUGGUGUACCCCGCCGUCAUGGUCCUCCUCCUCAUCGAGACGUCCAUCUCUGUCCUCUUGGUGGCUUGUAACAUCCUUUGCCUGUUGGUUGAUGAAACAGCGAUGCCAAAGGGAACAAGGGGGCCGGGCAUCGGAAAUGCUUCUCUUUCUGCCUUUGGAUUUGUGGGAGCCGCACUUGAAAUCAUUUUGAUUUUCUAUCUCAUGGUGUCCUCUGUCGUCGGUUUCUAUAGCCUCCGAUUUUUUGGAGACUUUAUUCCCAAGAAGGAUGACACGACUAUGACAAAGAUCAUCGGCAACUGCGUGUCCAUCCUGGUCCUGAGCUCCGCGCUGCCGGUGAUGUCCAGGACACUGGGGAUCACCAGGUUCGACCUUCUGGGAGACUUCGGGAGGUUUAACUGGCUGGGAAACUUCUACAUCGUCUUGUCCUACAAUUUGCUUUUCGCUAUUGUGACGACACUGUGCCUGGUCCGAAAAUUCACCUCCGCAGUCCGAGAAGAACUUCUCAAGGCUCUAGGGCUUCACAAACUCCACUUAUCAAAUACUUCAAGGGACGCAGAAACCAGCAAGCCUUCUGCGAACGGCCACCAGAAGGCCCUGUGA